AUGUCGUCUCCUGUAUCUACCCCACUGUCGGAGACUCCCAAUGGCAAUGGCAAUGGCGUGAGCUUGCCUAGCCGUCCUCAGCCUAAGCUUGUGGCCAGCCAAGAUGGAAGCUCCGGCUCAGGUACUCCCAUCGGUUUCCAACGCUUCCAUCCCCACAACAAGCAUUUGGAUCACGCAGUUGGAAAUGCCUUGCGUCAACCUUCCCCGCAGCCCACUCAUUUGGGUAUCCCAGGUACUCCGCAGCAUCGUGUGCUGUCCGAGGAGGACCCGGGCUACAUCGCGGCCACUUUUGAGGGCAAGCAGAAGCAGAUGGAACAAGUCAUGGAUCAAUUGGAGGAGAAGGGCUUCUUCCCCAGUGACUUCGUCAUCUCCGAAACUACUUGGUUCUACAACAUGCUUGGCAUCGACGAUACCUAUUUCCAGACCGAGUCCGUGGAUGCCAUUGUGACCCAGAUUCUUUCCCUCUAUGCCGCCAAGGUCGCCGCCUACGCUCGCGAUGAUAAGCAGUUGGAGAUUCGCCUGGACAAGGAGGCCGAGGAUCACGCUGUGUACAUCGAUACCAGCAGACCCGGUAUAUCCUCCACGAAAGGUCCGCGGUACGAGCAGCGUAUCGAUGAGAAGUACGUCAACCACUCCAAGGGUGCCAACAGCUACCGUGUGGAGACCUUCCGCUCGCCCACCACCCUCCCCGGUGACAACGGCCAGCAGCUCCGUUGCUACUUCGUGUACAAGUGUCAGUUUGUCAACCCCAAUCCCUCACCCAAUGAGACCAACAUCGACAUCAUUGGCGAAAAGCGUUUUCUCCAGAAGGCCACACCAAACACAAAAGCGAUCUACCAGGAAAUCAUCACCACUGCUGUUGGCCGCUCCGGUCCCGUCAUCGAGAUGUUCGAGAUCGAGGGCAGCCGGGAGAAGCGUCUGGUUAUUGCCUACCGUCAGGGAUCUGCUAUGGGUCUGUUCAGCGCUCUGUCGGAUUUGUACCACUACUACCGCUUGACCAGCUCACGCAAGUACCUGGAGAACUUCUCCAACGGAAUCACUGUGAUUUCGCUCUACCUGCGUCCCUCAGACAACUCUGAGAUCUCGGCCAAGUUCCCUCCUAUUGAGGCCGCCAUCCACCAGAUCAUGAAGGAGGUUUCCCUUCUGUACUGUAUUCCCCAGAACCGCUUCCAGGGCCACUUUGCCAGUGGUCGUCUCAGCCUGCAAGAGACCAUUUAUGCUCACUGCGCGUGGGUGUUCGUGCAGCAAUUCCUUAAUCGUCUCGGUUCAGAAUAUACUUCGUUGUCUGCUCUUUUGGAUAGCAACAACAGUGUCCACGCAGAGUUGCUUUCAAAGAUCAAGAAGCGUCUGCGAACUGAGACCUUCACUGCAGACUAUAUCUUCGAGAUUAUCAACAAAUACCCCGAGCUGAUCCACAAGCUCUACCUUGACUUUGCCAACACCCACUACGUCCAGACACAGGGCCCCAGUGGUGAUGACUUCCUCCCUACUCUCAGUUACCUGCGUAUCCAGACCGACGAGGUCCUCGACAGUACCAAGCUCAAGCAGCUGAUCCGCGGCACUGCCCUCAACGAGCACGAUGAGAUGGUCAUGAACUCCUUCCGCGUGUUCAACUCUUCCAUCCUCAAGACCAACUUCUUCACUCCCACCAAGGUGGCUCUCAGUUUCCGCUUGAAGCCGGACUUCUUGCCUGAGCACGAAUACCCCCAGCCUCUGUACGGUAUGUUCUUGGUUAUCAGCUCCGAGUUCCGUGGCUUCCACUUGCGUUUCCGUGAUAUCGCUCGUGGUGGUAUUCGUAUCGUCAAGAGCCGAAAUGGCGAAGCGUACAACAUCAACGCCCGUUCGCUGUUUGACGAGAACUACAACUUGGCGAACACCCAGCAGCGCAAGAACAAGGACAUUCCCGAAGGCGGUGCCAAGGGUGUCAUUCUUUUGGAUGCUGACCACCAGGACAAGGCGCGGGUCGCCUUCGAGAAGUACAUCGACAGUAUCCUCGAUCUGCUCCUGCCUCCGGUCAGUCCCGGUAUCAAGGACCCAAUUGUUGAUCUGCACGGCAAGGACGAGAUCCUCUUCAUGGGUCCCGAUGAGAACACUGCCGAGCUUGUCAACUGGGCCACUGAGCAUGCUCGCGGCCGUGGCGCUCCCUGGUGGAAGUCUUUCUUCACCGGUAAGAGCCCCAAGCUGGGUGGUAUUCCCCACGAUUCUUACGGUAUGACCACUCUCUCGGUCCGCCAAUACGUACUUGGAAUCCAGCGCAAGCUGAACAUCGACCCCUCUACCUUGCUCAAGCUACAGACUGGUGGUCCCGACGGUGAUCUCGGAUCCAACGAGAUCCUACUUUCCAACGAGAAGUAUGCUGCUAUCGUUGAUGGAGCUGGUGUGAUCUACGACCCCAACGGUCUCAACCACGAGGAACUUCUUCGCCUGGCUAAGAAGCGUGCCAUGAUCUCUGAGUUCGACAUGUCCAAGUUGUCCUCGGAUGGUUACCGCGUUCUGGUUGACGAGAAGAACAUCAAGCUCCCCAGUGGCGAAGUCGUCCACAACGGCAUGAUCUUCCGUAACACUUACCACCUGCGCUCGCAGGAGAAGUUCGACGUGUUCGUUCCUUGCGGUGGCCGUCCCGAGUCCAUCGACUUGUCCACCGUCGGCAAGCUCAUCAAGGACAACAAGUGCAUCGUUCCCUACAUUGUCGAAGGUGCCAACCUGUUCAUCACCCAGGACGCCAAGCUGCGACUCGAGAAGGCCGGUUGCAUUCUUUACAAGGACGCCUCGGCCAACAAGGGUGGUGUGACCUCCUCCUCGCUGGAGGUUCUCGCCUCGCUCUCCUUCAACGACGAGGAGUUCGUCGAGAACAUGUGCAUCCGCGAGGACGGCACCGUGCCCGACUUCUACCAGGCCUACGUCAAGGAGGUGCAACAGAUCAUCCAGCAGAACGCCGCACUUGAGUUCGAGGCCAUCUGGCGCGAACACGAGAAUACCGGUGUGCUGCGCAGUGUCCUCAGUGAUCGUCUCAGUUUGGCCAUCACCAAGCUCGAUGAGGAGCUUCAGAUGACCGAGCUCUGGGACAACGUUGCUCUCCGCCGCUCUGUUCUUGGAGACGCUCUCCCGCGUCGUCUAUUGGACAAGAUUGGCCUCGAGACCAUCUUGGGACGUGUCCCUGAGAACUACCUGCGUGCCAUUUUCGGUAGCUACCUGGCCAGUCGCUUCGUUUACGAGUACGGAAACCAGCCCAGCCAGUUCUCUUUCUUCGACUUCAUGACCAAGCGUCUGUCUAUGGUCCAGUCGUAG